CUCCUCCGGUUACCAAGGCAACGAGCGCGGCCCGGCGGCCGUCCGAGGCGGGGCUCCGCCGGGACCAGUUGCAGACCGGAGGAGUGAAAGCUGUAAGCCACCAUAACCAUAAUGCAUUUCUGUCAGAAAAAUGAAUUGGAAGUAGAAAAAAGCAGUGAAACUCAAAGAAAAGAAGAAUUCCAAACGAUAUGUACCUAUCCAAAUGAAAAGAGAGAAAAGCAUCAUGUUUGUACUCUGCUGAACAUCAGCGACCUGUCCCUCGAACAAGAACGAUCCAUGGAUUAUAUUAUUGGCGCUGGCUGGGACGAAGCAGUACGAGGCUGGGGUAAGGCCUCUCCGACUGCCUGCCUCUGGCCCCGAAGGAAAUCCAGAAAAGCCAAAGCAGGAGAAAGCGACAGCCAGUGUUUACUGUGCGUAAAUAUGGUGCAUCCCCCCGGUUCGCAUCUCGUCCCCGACCCGCCCAAACCCAACUUAAAAGCAAGGAGCGGGGUCACCCGGGAUACAGUGCCCGAAAAGGAACGUGCUCCGUUGCCCAACCAAGAGCCACCCGCCCGCUCCGAGACAGCCACGGGGGAAGCAUCCGCCGGCAAGAUCGUCUCUUCCCCCCAAAGCCUUGGGGAAAAAAAAAGCCUGCAAAUAAAAGAGUACAUUUGGCACCCAGAAAAGCCGAAGGCCCCCGAAAGCACUAAGCAUAGAGAGCCGAGGAGCCACGAGCCGACCGUCUCUAACCCUAAGCCAGAUCCGGGUCUCUCGGACGCUUCCAAACCCGGCCUGGUGCUGCCCCCGCUGAGAGCCGGUCCCCAGAGCAGCCUCGACUCCUCGAUCAAGAAGAAGAUGGGGACGUUAACCGUCUCUGAGGAGAAAACGCCCGGCCCCGAAAACGCCUGGAGUUACGGUUCGAAAGCAGCCGAACCGAAAGGGGGAAAGGGGACUCUCGACCAUUUAAGCGGCGUCCCGGGCCAACGGGUGAAACUGAGCGAAGCGAGCCCGAGGACUUCUUUCUCUUGCGAGCCCACGCCUCCGGGCUGUUGGCCCUGGCCCCUCCUGCCCUACAAGCAUUCGACCUCCGUCCCCAACGUGGCCAAUGCCGGGAAGAUCGACUACCUGACCACCUGGCAGUUUCCUCCCAAACGCCGACUGCAGGGCCUCCGGCCGCAGAUCCGCCGGGAGGAGCCCAGAGCGGCCAGCGGCGGCAAAGAGCAGAGUCUCAGUGAGGCCCAGAGAGACAGCGGGUCUCAGGCAGCAGAGGCCCGGCUCCUGGCGGGACAACUCUUUCCUUCCUUGACAGUGAGCAGGGUUAUCAUCCCCGUCUUGCCUCACAGACUUCUCUGACGUUUUAAUGAGACGAUAUCCGGGCAAUAACCCGCUCUGGGCGAUUCUCUGUUUUUAGGGUACGAGGUGGAAAUGGCAGCUGUUUGUGAUCGUUUGGGUUUUUUUUUUACGGUUCGGGGCUCUGAAAAUAUAGGCAUUUAACUUCUU